GCGCCCCAGAGGUUCAGACUUCUCGAAUUCCUGUUUGAAAGCAACAUGGAUUCACAUGAGGCUCUGCUUUUUCUGCUAGUGAGUGCAUACACACUUCAAGUUUCUAUGCAAGGGCCAGAUGAGAGCAGACUGUACCAUGAUCUCUUCUCUCGCUAUCAAAAACUGGAGAGACCUGUCUUAGAUGAGUCUCAAAUCCUCAACGUGGAAGUCGGUAUCCACCUCAACACGAUAAUGGAUCUGGACGAGAAGAACCAGGCGUUGAAAACAAAUAUUUGGAUGCACAUGAACUGGAAAGACUAUAAACUACAGUGGAACGAAUCUGACUAUAACGGAUUGGACAAGAUCCGAGUUCCCGAUGAUCUCCUUUGGAAGCCAGAUAUUCUACUAUAUAACAGUGCAGAUGAAAAUUUUGAUCCUACUUCCCAUACCAAAAUUGUGGUUGACUCCUCAGGCAGCUGUUUGUAUAUACCUCCAGCAAUCAUCAAAAGCACCUGCAAUAUCGAUGUCCGCUGGUUCCCUUUUGACGUCCAGAAAUGUGACCUCAAAUUUGGCUCCUGGACCUAUGGGGGCUCGACUCUGGACUUAUCAAUAAAAAAGGCAGAAAUCAGUGAAUAUAUUCCCAAUGUAGAGUGGGACCUUGUUGCGGUUUCAGGAAAUAAGCAUACCAUAUAUUAUGAGUGCUGUCCAGAUGAGCCCUAUUAUGACAUCACGUUUACCAUAGUGAUGCGCAGACGUACUCUCUUUUAUGCACUCAACCUGCUCAUCCCCUGUAUCGUGAUCUCCAUUCUGUCCCUGUUUGUCUUCCUUUUGCCUGCUGACUCUGGAGAGAAGAUUUCACUGGCGAUCACAGUCCUUCUCUCCUUAGUAGUCCUUAUGCUGAUGCUCUCAGAGAUAAUGCCUGCCUCUUCAGACUCUGCACCUCUACUAUCUCUGUACAUUGUGAUAACCAUGGUCAUUGUUGCGCUCUCUGUGAUUUCCACGGUCGUGGUCUUGCAAUUUCACCACCAUGACCCUAAUGGUGCAGGGAUGCCAAAGUGGGUCCGAAUUUUCCUCUUCAAUUGGUGUGCCUGGUUUCUGCGAAUGAAGCGUCCAGGUCAGGACAAAGGGCAGAGCAGUCCCACCAGCAUGGAUCCCAAAGCCAGACUGGAGAGCGUUCACCCAGCCUCAUCUGAUUCUGGAAAAGCUGGUGAGGGUGAGGUUUUACUCACCAAAGUUCCGAGCUCCAAAGUCAGCAGCUUUGAACCGGAGCUUGCCAAUAUCCUUAGUGAAGUGCACUAUAUUGCCAAAUGCUUCCAUGACCAGCAAAAGGGAGGGAACACAGGCAGUGAUUGGAAAUUUGGAGCUGCUGUAAUUGAUCGUCUUUGUUUUGUGAUUUUCUUUGUAUUCAUAUUUCUGUGCACCUUUGGAAUUCUUAUGUCAGUACCAAACGCCAAAGCUGCUUAGAAAGAUGUUAACAUGAGAACAAAAUGAAUGGUACAGUCAAUGGCUACGUUUACAUGGAAACAUUCAUUAGGCCUGAUCGAAAUAAAAAUGCUUCAUGUACGCACCCUAUUCAGAAUACUCUGACCCGAUCAAGGCCAUUCCGAUCAAGAUUUUUUCCAAACGAAACGUGGUUUAUGUCUGUUUGUAAUCCAAUCAGCAUGCAUGAAAACACUUUUUCAAACAUUUCAGAAAUGACCAUCAUUGCCGCGUACAUCUCUGACAUCAGUAUACUUUACGCGUUUCUAUUAUUCCUGGAAACUAGUAGAAGCAGAACAUGCAAAAGAAAUGGCGGGCGUAAGACUGAACUCAUCUGUAUCUGAGAUGAGCAUGCAUCUGGUGAUGUUAAAAGAUGUUGAAAUUGUUGAAAGACUCGAUGGUAGAAAAACAGGAGUGUAUAUGAAAUAAAGUUUAAUGUAGAAAUGGAGGGAGCGAUGUCUUGUCAACACAAAUGUCAGUACGGCUUCUUCUGCUAUUAUUUCCGUAUUAUUUGGUCAAUCGGCGCAUGUCAAAAAAAAAAAGAAAUCCUGACCGAAAGGGUGAUGCAUGAACACUCAAAUCCUAAUUGGAUCGAUAUUUUUUCAAUGCAUUUCAGUGUCCAUGAAAACAGUACAUCUGAUCAUAAUUUUAAUCCAAAAACUAAUCGUAUAUUUUGUCCAUGUAAACGUAGCCAAUUUCAACAAUCGUAUCAGUUGGCUCGGAGUUUCCUUUUUUUUUUUCUAAAGUAUGCGGUCAUUUAAAUCAGUAUAAUCUGAUUCAAAUGUCGGUUGAUAUCGCCAGUGUAUAAUUUGAGCCAAAUUGUAGGAAAGAGUCCAAAAGUGAGGUAAUGAUAAACCAUGUUUGGAACGAAGAGAACAGAGAUGUAAAUCUAAUCAGAGUAGUCACAAGUCUCUCUAAGGGAUUUUCUAAAGAUUUUUUUUUUCCUACUAAGGGAGGGGUUGAACAGGUUCAAAGGCUCAAUUUUUUUGCCAAACAUGAUUGAGGUUUUGUAUGUGUGUUUGUGUGAAUUAAUGGGUUUCCUCUCUUUGCAUAGGAAAGUUUUGUGAACCAAGGUAAAGGAGUUGCCCUGGAAGUGUGUGUGAGUGAUAAAUGUCUUCUCUGAGUAAUUUUCCAUCUCAUUUAAAGUAGUAUGUUCUCCCGUGCCUGCGUGGGUUUUGUCCGAGGACUCCGGUUUCCUCCCACAUCCCAAAAACAUGCGUGGUAGGGGGAUUGAACACUCUAAAUUCUCCGUAGGUGUGAGUGUGUUGUUGUAUGUCUCAUUGUGCCCUGUGAUUGGCUGCAACCAAUUCAGGGUGUACCCCGCCUACUGCCCAGAGUUAGCUAGGAUAGGUUCCAGCACCUCCACGACCCUUGUGAAGAAAAGCAGAAUAGAAAAGAAAUGAAAGAAUUUACAGUAUUACACGAGAUACUUUAUCAAUAAAUACAGUGUAGAACUAACACUUACAUGUACUACUGUGACAUGACAAACAAUUUCAUGUAUACCUUUUUACUUAAUCAGGUACUUAAUAUUUUGCUACAGUAGUUGCUUCAGCUAUAUCCCGUCUUUAACAAAUAUGUAAGAUGUUGAUUACAAUCAGUUGCAAUGGUAGCACUUUAUUUGAACUCGGUGUCAUAAGAUGACCAUGACACUGUCAUGAACAUUAAUGAAUGAGUGUCCUAACCCUAACACAGAUCCUAAACUCUAAUCCCAACCCAAAAACAUUUUUAAAAAUAUCUCAAUAAUGCAUCAAUACUGACAUAAUUCACUAAAUGAUACUCAAGGGCAUCUGUCAUAUAAGCUCCCAUUCAUAUUCAUGACAGGUGUCAUCAUUAUGAGUUUUAUGACACCGAAUUCAAAUAAAGUGAAACUGUUGUAAUUUGCUAACCUAUAAAAUUGUCAAUGUUUUAUACCUAAAUGUGUAUCAUUGUUUUAUUUGAAUAUUGUUAUACUCAAAUUACAUUUACAUGCAGUACAACACAUUGUAUCUGUAUUUUUACAUUUACUAUGGUAACUGCAAAUGGCUUUUAAAAAAAAAAAAGUCCAUAGUUUGGAAUCCGAUGGUUCAGAAAGAGAUCAGCUUUUGACUUACGCAUUUCAUAAAGGAACUUAAUUAAA